AUGCCCAGGCAGUGUGUCAUCAAGCUAGGGGGGCUGGACAAGCACCUGCAACAGAAAAGGUACCAAGCUGAGCCACAGCACGAGGGGUCUGGCUGCCAGAAGGACAACCGGCCCCCGGACAGGUUCCAGCUCACCUUCCCGCUGCGCACCAACUACAUGUAUGCCAAGGUGAAGAAGAGCCUGCCCGAGAUGUAUGCCUUCAGCAUCUGCAUGUGGCUCAAGUCCAACGCCUCCCCUGGCAUGGGCACCCCUUUCUCCUAUGCUGUGCCCGGGCAGGCUAACGAGCUGGUGCUCAUCGAGUGGGGCAACAAUCCCAUGGAGAUCCUCAUCAAUGACAAGGUGGCCAAACUGCCCUUUGCCAUCAACGACGGGAAGUGGCACCACAUCUGUGUCACCUGGACCACGCGGGACGGCGUGUGGGAAGCCUACCAGGACGGCACGCAGGCCGGCAACGGCGAGAACCUGGCGCCCUACCACCCCAUCAAGCCCCAGGGCGUCCUGGUCCUGGGCCAGGAGCAGGACACGCUGGGCGGCGGGUUCGAUGCCACGCAGGCCUUCGUGGGGGAGCUGGCCCACUUCAACGUGUGGGACAGGAAGCUGAGCCCCGGGGAGGUGUAUGGCCUGGCCACCUGCAGCGCCAGGGCCCUGGCGGGGUGCCCACAAAAAAUAACAGAGAAACCAGAUCCAGAGAACCUGUAG